AUGAAGCUCGAAGGCUUAUCUGGACUGAACGCAGUUGGGAAUAAAGGGGCCACCAUCCCCUUCGACGAACCUUCCUCCUAUAGUUUAAACCUCGAAGUAAUUCUCAUUGGCAGGGACAAAUUUACGUUUCUCUCAAGUGAAAUAUGCCUACUUACAAAUGCUCGUCGGGUGGCCAGCGUGCGCGCUGAGACCUAUUGCAACCUCUAUGCCCUGGAUCGUCUCAGUUUCCAGGAGGUCCUACAGAAUUACCCGUUCAUGCGGCGGACAUUGGAAUCAGUUGCAGCUGAACGCCUAUAUCAACUGGGACGGGAUCCGCUCCAGGUUAUUCACAGGAAAAACAUCAAGGAGGAUCUGGAGAUCGUGAAGGAAAUCGUUAGUUUGGUUAGUCCGUUUAAGCCAUCCAUCUUGAACAGAGUUUUUUAA